AUGCGUCAACAGUUGGCCUUAAGUCUGGGUCUGUGGGGCGUCGUCUUUCAGCUGCUGGGCCAUGAGGCCACGCCCAACGCCUACCAUUACUACAACAAUGCGAGUGUCAGGCAGCUGCGCUUCCGCGACUUCGAGCCGCGCGAGGAGAGCGUGGCCGGUGCGCGGCGUCAGGCGCGCGGCUUUCACUUCAAUGCCAGCGGCGAGGAUGUUAGCGUCGAAAUGGAGUUCAUCGUGCCCUUCGUCCAGGUGCCCGUGAGGCGCAGCAUGCAGCUGGCCCGUGAUGCUGUUCAGGGCCUGCUCAAUCUGCGCACCGGAGCGCUGCUCAACACGGCGCUCAUUGUGGCCGCCGGCGCCCUGAUAGCCGGAAUUGUGCGUUUGGUGCUGGCGCCCCUGGUCUUUACCUCUAUUAGCAAUGCGAAUGGCUAUGGCUACAGCGCCAAGCAACACGACAGCCGACGUGGCAUGCGUAGUCUGACGCAUUUGCUGGAAUCGCAACUGGACGAGCACAGCAUCGAUGUCUCCGUCUGUGCCCAACGCGCCAUUUGUCACUACUUGCAACAAAAUGCGGCACAGCCCAGUCGCAGCGGGCCAACUGCCUCCAGGCUCAUCGACGUCCUGGCCAACUCUCGCUGGCUGGACACCUAUCUGAAAGGCACAGCUGUCUACAGCGCCAUUAAUGCGGCGCGCAGCAGCCGCAGCUGUGCCCACGCCUAUCGCAGCUGCAGCUGGCCCCAACUCUCGGGCAGCAUCUGGCACAGAUCUUGGCCAACUAUGCUGCACGGAAAUGCUCCGUCUACUUAUAAUGAUGGGAACUUACGCCAGUCUGUGUUUCAUGUUUACCUUAGUAACGGCUGCUUCCUCAAAACAAAACGUUGUCGCACCUCGGCUCAGUUGAAGCUUAUGUCACGCCUGCGCAACAGCAGCAAGUGGAGCAGUUGCGCGCCCCAAAUUAUCACAGCCAAGAGGCAACCAAGCGGCGACUGGCACGUAACUAACCAAGACGCCGCUAACAAAAUGGAUUUCAAAUCUGCGACAGCAACACAACGGUGCAGAUCGCAAGACGGAAGCAUGCAGUUCCUAUGCCUGGUUAUAUCAUGCCUCGUCCUGUCCAGCAGCGCGGCGGGCGAGUCCGAAGAGUCGCAGCAGGAAAGUCAAAGCGCCACAACUUCAGGCAGCCACAAGCAGCAGAAAGCCAAUCAAGGCUUUCGUCUCAUAUCCUUCGAAAGCGUUGAAAAGGACAUUGCGCUGGGUCUCAACUAUCUGAUGCCAUUCGUGGAGGUGCCGGUCAAACGCAAACGCAAUGCGCCGCCCCGACCACUGGUUAUCGUGAACUCCGCUGCCAUCCUCAGCUGUGGCCUGAUGGCCGCCGGCGGCUUAGCAGUUGGUCAUCUGAUACGCAGCAUGGGUCUGGAAACAAUAGUGCCCGAUGGCAAGAGUGAGGCCUCAGCUGAGCACGCAGCGCGCCGCCUGAUCGCUGACGAAGAGAGUUUUCUGCAGCUCUUCGAGAACUUUAAGCUGAUUUAUCGCAAUGCUAGCGGAGAGCGAGUGGAGACCGGAUUGCCCAGCCUGAUAAACACCAUCGAACGCACCUUUCUGGAGAACGACAUCAAUCUGCCCAUGUGCCUGCUCAAGUCCAUCUGCACGCUGACCCACCAGGCGGGCGAAAGUGUGCGCACUGGCCAGGCCUCCGACAUGGAGCUGAUUCUGGAUGGCGUCGCCAGCUGGUCCUGGCUGCUCUCCUGGCUGGAGCAAUCGGCGCUGCGCCAAGCCAUCGAAGCGGGCCGCAUAGCCAACUCGCAUUACUGCCAGCACAAAUAUCCGCUGUGCAAGUGGACGGCGCCCGAGCAGCAGCUGCUCGAGCUGCUACACAGCAAUGUGCGGUUCAAAUGA